AUGUCUGUCCUAGCCUCGCAUGCCCCAGGUGAUGUUGAUGUACAGCCAACCGUCCGCCCUAUCAAUGCUUCUGACAAUCUCGCCUGCUCCAUUGCAGGAUUCCCUAAUCCCAGGACUGCUCAUCUAUCACUUACUUCUCCAAUUUCUGACCAUACAUUACCUUUGGGAAGUUGUCAUCAUCUACAAGGCCUAUCUCGCCCUCGUGUUUCGCGAUGCUUGCACCAACCCUAUGCUACUUUGAUAACCUACAAAGCUGCGCGCUUUCUUAUUACUGAUCAGCCAAGUGACUCCAAUAUUGAACAUUUUAUAAGGGAGUGUCGACUCCAUCGUGUGCAUAAGUUAGUCCGAGUCUGUGAACCAGAGUAUGACAAAAGUCGUCUUGAGGCUGCGGGCAUCGAAGUUGUGGACCUGGAGUAUGGCGACGGGUCCUCUCCUCCGGAAGAUAUUAUCGAACGCUGGUUCUAUCUUAUUUUGGACGGAUUUCAACAUAAUCCACAUUCUUGUAUUGCUGUACACUGCAAAUCAGGUCUUGGCAGGUGGGUUUCUUACUUAAUAUCUUUUUGUUAA